AUGAUCAUUCAUGGCAUAGACAUUGUCGUUUCUGUCGAUUUGGGCACCACUUUCACAGGCGUAGCAUGGAGAACGCCUCGCACGCCCAUCCAAGUCAUCAACGACUGGCCGGGCAGCGGUGACCGAGCGGAGCGCAAAGUCCCAACCGCCAUUGUCUACAAUGCCGACGGAACACUUUCGUCAUGGGGUCACAUGUGCGCCGACGACGACGACGACGACGAAGACGAGUCGUCGGGCAAGCUGCGGCGCGAAUUCUUCAAAGUAUUCAUCGACGGCGCCAACUUUGCCCUCGCGCAAACUCUCCCCAGAGCUCCCAAGACCAUCCAAGAGGCGCAAAAGGUUGCCACCGACUAUCUUGUACAAGUGUAUGCCCACGUCAAGGAGACAAUCGAGAGGCAAACCGGCCGACGACAAGUGCCCGGCGGAUGGUCAGACCAGGCGGUCGUCUUCCUCUUCAGCGUGCCCACGACGUGGACGCGCAUGGAAACCAUCAACCUGUUCAAGGGAAUCAUUCGCAGUGCAGGGUUUGGCGUAGAGGGCCCAAGGCACUCGGCACAGGUUGACCUGACCGAGGCCGAGGCCGCCGCCGUCGCGACCCUAAAGACGAGCGCCAUCAGCUUCAAGACGGGCAGCCUCUUCCUCAGCGUCGACGCAGGAGGCGGCACCACUGAUCUCUCCUUGAUGCGAGUCAAAUCCACGGACCCUCAGUGUCCGCAGAUGACGCAGAUGGCGGCCGUCAAGGGAAUCGGUAUCGGAUCAACGCUUAUAGACCGCGGGUUCAUCCGCCUCGUCGAUCAGAGGCUGAAUGCCUGGCCGGGGGUGCGCGAUCUGCUCCCCGCCAACUUUGCCGUCCGAAUGUCGAGAAGCCAUCACUUUCGAACCCUGAAGCACAAGUUUGGCGAGAGUGUGUACAUGCAGCCCCUUUUCAGGAUCCCAAUGGAUGGCGUGUCGCACAAUUUCAACCACUCUGGUCUUGGCAUCGAAAAUGGGCGCUUGGUCUUCACCGUGCUAGAGAUUCAGUCGCUCUUUGACGCGCAAAUCAGGGGUGUCAUGGGGCAAAUUAGGGAGCAGCUCAACUGGUUCUCGGAGCACGGAAAGGUCGAUCAGGUGGAGUUUGUCAUUCUUUCGGGAGGACUAGGCAGCUCAGCCUACGUCCGCCAGAGCAUUGAGAAGCAGCUCGUCCGCUCUCCGCAUCCCAACGCCAUCCAGGCCGUUGUGGUGCCUUGUCAAGACCCUCAACUCGUCGUGGUUCGCGGCCUUCUCCUCGACCACCAGCAAAAGUCGGGAGAGAGACAACAAUCCGUCCUCGCCACCAGGGUCGCGCGCGCGAGUUACGGCGUCGUCAUCAGGCAACUGUACUCGCCUGCGCGGCACUACAAUGAAGAGGUGGUCCCAGACGAGUUUGUCCCCAAGAGGCUGUGGGCAUUGAACCAAAUACAGUGGAUGAUACGAAAGGGAGAUGUAAUCGAUGUGAAUAGUCCGCUGGCCAAGCAAUUCGAAUUCCACCUCGCCGACGGGGAGACCACCAGGUCGUGGGAUACAGAUAUCGUCAUUUCUCAAAACGAGGCCUCCUUUCUGCCAACUAGUAUGAAACAAGCCGGUGUGACAAGACUUUGUCGCGUAAAUAGCAAUCUUGAGGGCGUCGAGCAGCACCAGCUGAUUCUCAAACAAAAACGCCGGACGUGUUUGAAGAGGGGCUAUAAAUUCUAUAUUUGUUUGUUUGAGAUUCGAGUCAUCGUGGCCCCGGCCGACUUGAGGUUUGAGCUUUGGUUUGGUGGGCAACGAUUUUCAAGAAACCACAACCCUAUUCAGGUUGAAUGGGAUACUAUGGGUGCCCGUGUUGGCGCCAACUAG